ACAGCCCAGGGGACAGAAAUAGGCCGGCCAAUCGGGCGGCUCCGAGCUGGAGCUGUGGGUGAAGAGGACGCGGGGAGCGCAGAGCCACUGCUGUGCUGCAGGGAGGAAGAGAGGAGCAGGAGGACACAGGAAGAGCAGCAGCAGCCACAGGCCAGGAGGAAGAACAGUGCACUGGCAGGGGGGACAGGUGCCAUGCUGGCGGCGAGGCGGGUGCCCAGCGAGGACUGGGAGCGGAAGAUGCCCCAGAUGACCUCUUUUGUACGCCUGCUGGUGAAGGAGACGGAGAAGAUGGUGUCGUACUUCUUCAAGGGAGGGGUGGUGGGGGACAGAGACGAGGAGGAGGACGAGGAGGCUUUUCCCAGCCCUUACCUGGAGAGGCCAAUCCUGGACAAACACCUGGAGGAGGGGGCUUCCGCGGGGGGCAUCGUCUUCGCCCUGGCCAGCGUGCAGGGCUGGCGGGCCCAGAUGGAGGACGCGCACGCCUGCGUGCCCGAGCUGCCCGGGGAGCUGGCGGGCUGGGGCUUCUACGCCGUGUACGACGGCCACGCGGGCAGCAGGGUGGCGCAGUACUGCUCCCGGCACCUUCUGGAGCACAUCCUGGCCACGGGCGCGGUGACUCCGGACGAGGACAAGGAGGCCGUGAAGGAGGGCAUCCGGGAGGGCUUCCUCAGCAUCGACAGGCACAUGCACAGGCUGGGGCGCAGAGAGGGCUGGGACCGCAGCGGCUCCACCGCUGUGGCCGCCAUGAUCUCGCCGCGGCACGUCUACUUCAUCAACUGCGGGGACUCGCGGGCCGUGCUGUGUCGGGACGGGUCCGUGUGCUUCUACACCGAGGACCACAAGCCCUUCAACCCGCGCGAGAGGGAGCGGAUCCAGAACGCAGGCGGCACUGUCACCCUGCAGCGGGUCAACGGUUCGCUGGCCGUCUCGCGGGCGCUGGGCGACUUCGACUUCAAGGAGGUGCAGUGGAGGGCGCCCACCGAGCAGCUGGUGUCGCCGGAGCCCGAGGUGUACGAGGUGGAGCGCAGCUGCCGGGACGAGUUCCUGGUGCUGGCCUGCGACGGCGUCUGGGACACCAUCGGCAACGAGGACCUGUGCGCCUUCGUGCGCAGCCGGCUGCAGCUGUCCAGCGACCUCAAGUACGUGUGCGGCCAGGUCAUCGACCUCUGCCUCUACAAGGGCAGCCAAGACAAUAUCAGCAUCACGCUCAUCUGCUUCCCUGGCGCCCCCCAGGUGUCAGCGGAGGCACUGCAACGCGAGGCGGAACUGGAGGAGCUGCUGGAGAGCAGAGUGGCAGAUAUCUUCGAGGAGCAGCACGAGGAAGGGCUGCCAGACCUGCUGUACGUGAUGAAGUACAUGUCAUCUGAGAGGAUACCAGGGCUGCCACCUGGAGGGGGCAUCACCAGCAAGAGGAACUGCAUCGCUGCUGCCUAUUACAAGCUGAGAGAAGAAUACACACCCAAGGACACGCUGUUCCACAGCGGAUCAGAGGACUCCAAUUAGCAGGCAGUUCCCACAGAAAAGCAAAGUCUGAAGCCUGAAAAAAUCUCCAAGGAAGUGACCUCAAACUCUGCUCUCUUUGCAAAGAUAAAUGGAAUUAAAAACUUACUGUGGUCACAGCAAAAAGCAAACAAACAAGGAAAGGAAAAGCUGGAAUAUGGAUUUUACCUGUACCCUCCAUGAAGAUUUAAACAAAGCAAAAAGGAGGAGAGGAUUGGGGUAAUCAGCAGGCUAAAAUGCUUACGCCUGUUUCAAAAUGAGGUUCUCUCUUCUUAGGAGGAAUGGAGAUGAUUUGAGCACCUGACAAGUAAUUACAAGUGCUGUGGGACUCUGCAAAUGUGUCUCAAUAACAUUGUGACUGGUGCAAUGUACUUAGUGAGGCCACAAAAACAAAAUGAUUAAAUUGGGUUUAACCAUGCAUGGCUCAUUGCAGACCCCAGGCCCUCUGCAGCCAGGCGUUGCAAUUUUCCACAUUUAUGUUUUAGAUGCAUAGAAAAUAGCAACACAAUAUCCAGUCUUCACAUCGGGCGCUGAGCAAUGUUAGUGUCUCUUCCCAACCUGUAAUAAUGAAUACCACAGCCACACAGGGUCAGAGGGCGUGAUCUGACACAGAGCAGGUCACAGCGGCGCAGUCACUCUGCACUGAGAGAGAGGCUCUUGACACAGGCCCACAGGCCUCCGAGUCUGCAGGGACAUUGAAAAUGGAGGGUUUUCUAAGCUUCUGAGAAAUAUUUAUCUGCAAAGAAGCAAGGCUAUUGACAGGGAACAAACUGUUGCUUCUAACAGUUUCUUCUUUGUUGAAUCUGAAGACCUAACCCCUUGUUCACAUGACUAGACGCAAGUGACAACAGACACAGGACCUUCCUUCAUGCCUGCAGGUCCACAACCAGUUACUUGGUUUUGUCUUAGAAUGUACUUUGCUGCCUUAUCAUUUGGAACUGGAAAAAAACGUAAAUAUUCAAUAACAUACUCUAAAUCGUACAACAUGCUGUAGAAAGUUCGACUGUGUUGUACGGCAAGGACAGGCAAUUUACAUUACAUCGAAUUUGGAAAAUGAAUGAGAUUGUUAAUUGGUUAAUCUGUAUAACAGACAUGCCGGGAAUUACACGUCUUCCAAACACUGUAAUGUUAAUGUUUCUCCUUUGGGAGCUGUGCUUUGUUUUUAAUAAAUGAAC